UAUCCUCUUUUCGUAUUAGUUCUAAUUGGUUUAUUGUCUCUUUAAUUGCUUUGUUACCUUCACGAUUUGUGUUUUGUUUUCUUGUGUUUUUUCUUGUACUUUUCUCUGUUUUUUUUUUUUGUUUUCAUCACACUCUCAAACACACACAUGCACACACUUCAAGACAAAUAGUUUUGCCUGCUAACGAUCCGCGACCUCUGUACCACAACAACUGACUGUAAAUCACGAAGGUGGAGGAGUGUAGUAAAACACAACAAUAGAAGAAAAAAAACAACAACAACAACAAUAGCCUACACAACCACACACAUACCGAAACAAAACAAUAACAAACGAACAGAUAAUUUGAGUGCCAAGCUUUAAACCAGUAAAGUAAAACAAGAUGUAAACACACACAAAACCCCGAUAUUUAAACUUAACGCCCCUUACCCCUCAUCUACCCCCCCAAACUCACUCCCAAUCUACAUGUAGUGUGGAGGUGUUAGAAACACUAGAGUAGACAAAACGUGGCAGGGAGGAAGGGAAGGCAGACACGCGCACCGUGGGCUUUGAUCGUGUAAUGGUUUGGUUUCCGGCGGAAGAGUUUUUCGUUUUCACGCGCCCCUGCGCGUUGCGUGUGUAUGAGCAAGGGUGUAGCGCAUACUGCCCAAGAGUGUGUAGAUAUAAGCAUUUCUGGCACCCUCGAGGCUGCACCGCACCGCCAGGACACACCGGGUACGAGGGAAAAAGACAGUCGAGGAAUUUGUGCGAGAGAAAACAACUCAAAACUUAAGCAAACCAUAACAACAACACACACAAAAAAAACGUUGAAAAUGAGAUAAUGAAAGCAUACAACCGUACAUACAUACACACUGUAGUGCCUGUUCUGGAAUAAAUUUAAACAAAAAAACGUAUAUACAUAUAUAUAUAUAUAUAUAUAUAUUCAUGUAUAGUUAUUUAUAUAAAUAUUUAUAUAUCUAUGCAUGUAUAAAUGAACCGUUUAUAUGUGUGUACAUGUAUACAUAUGUUUAUAAAUAAUAUACAGAUACAAAAUAUCAAUUAUAUCUACUUGCAAAAAAAAAAACAAACAAACAAACGCACAACAAGCAAACAAGUAAAAAGCAAAAUGAAACACAAGAACUACAAUUAAGUAAAAAAAAAGGAAAAAAAUAACAUUAAUUUGGCAAAGCAAAUCCACACAUUUAGCGAAGUAAGUCCCUUUUUCUAAGAGCGCGUCAUGUAGUGAUAUAUUAGACGAAACAAUGCAAAGCAGAGAAAAAGAACACAACCGCAGAACGAAACGGAAAGGCACAAGACAAGGGGAAUGAGGAGGUACGCAUUUGCAUGUCGGGGAAGAACCGGUACGACCAAAAUGGCCGGUUGUAAAAUCGGAAUCGGGUACUUACUUAACCCACACGCACCUGAGAGCCUGAGAGAGGGCGAGAGAUAGAAUGAGCGAUACACUAGCAAGGCUAGUAGUAUUGGGUGUGUAACACACAAGGGUAAGUGUGUGUGUGUGUGUGCGUUAGAAACUGUCUCUGAAACAAGCAAAGAGCUUGCUGGCUCGCUGAACGGUCGAAUAAGAGUCGUUUAAAAGCCGUACAGCGGUCGAUUAAGAUGAAGUGCGCUUGCAGCUUGUUUAUUGAAGCCCUUGCCCUUGCCGUUGCGAUCGAAAGAGAGAGAGAAAGUAAGAGAGAGAGAGAGAGAGAGAGAGAGAGAGAGAUAGAGAAGUAGAAGCAGAGACUAAAAGGAGAUGAUAUAAGCAUGCAAGCUGGUGAAAGCACUCUCAGUUUGAGCGUCAAGCGUAACCGAACUCUUCCAAAGUCAAAACGUCAGAUGGCGCUUUACUUUAUGCGAAUUAUCUGACGAAAACACUCACACACACACACAUACACAGAGAGAAGGGACAAGUGGUACGAAACAGUACUGCUGCAACUAGGGUAACGUUUCUAGGAAUGCGGAAUGCGUAGCUUGGUUAAAAAUAAAAAAGUAAAACACAGGAGGACCGAUCGCAGAUAAGAAGUUGCUAGUAGAUAUAAGUAUGCCAAUACAGUUUACACAAGUUGUUCUCUAUUUACAGCAUAAGGGAUGCGGGGGAAAAAACAAUGGCGAGGAUUUACAGCCAGACAGAGAAAGAAAGAGAGAUAGAGUGAGAGGAGAGGGGGAAAUAAGGCAAUAGAACCAGAUUUUUGUUAGUAAUUUUUACAUCAAAUGAAAAUAGAAGGAGCAGCAGAGAAUGAGAUUUUGAGCGGGGUUAACAGUUACAAUAUAUUACCGAUACUAGCCAGACAAUGUGUUAUACAACGUGUCCUUCAAAACCGAUAUAUACAAUAGUGACCGAACAAACAAACCGGAGCCUUUCGUUGUUUUUUUUUUACCUGAACGUAGGCGAAACAGCAAUAUUACGACAGUGAAGCAGUGCAGGAACCAACCCGGGAUCUGCUCCCGGAAACCGUACAGCGGCCAUGUUUUUUUGUUUGUUUGGUUUCCAUCUACAACAAGCCCACCUACACACAUAGCACAU